AUGGCGCCACAACAUGCUCUGCCCACACCGACAUCUACCCCGCAGAAGCCCAAAGACGCUGACGAAGAACUCUUCCGGUCAUCUAUAGAGACGCUGGUGAAGUCUGACCGACACGAGACUAAGAAACCUCCGACGCCACAUGAUAUCUGUGAUGCUUAUGAUGCUAUGUCGAGCCGCAUACGCGCCCACCCUUCAAUCGUCACAGACCCCAAGCGAGCCACAACUGUACUCCAACCACUGAAGAACGAAUUGCUUACCAUCGUCGGGUGCCUCAGACGCGACAUUAACCGUGCCAAGCAUGAUUGCGGAACACCCCAGCAUCAAGGGGGCGCAGAGGACGAGAAACGUGAUCCCAAGGUCGUCAGACGGGCAUUGGAGUCGACAGCGUGCUGUCACUCGGCGAUAAGAUUCCUAUCGGUCAUUUUCAGAAUGCCAGUAUUGCAAUCAGUAUUUGCUGCGCACAACCUUGGAACGUUACUGGAUAUUUUAUUGGAUGCCUUAUUCGAGAGGCAAGCCCAUGGCAUUAAUGGACAUAAGACGUACGAAGCGAUCAUGUGGACGCUGAAAAGUAUGGAGCUACCUGCGAGCAUAUACUCUGCCAAAGCCGAGCGGGUAUACGAGGUACUGAAGUUGAGGCUUCGAACGGACGACGUAGCGGACGCCGAUACUUCGUCCAUAAUAUGCGACGCACUGAAGGUUACGGCUGAUUUACUGCGGCACCGGCCCAGUAUUUUUCUGUCACCUCUCACAAGAUUGCUGCCGCAAGUCCUCACCCGAAUAUCUACAGCGUCUUUCGUGAUAAGAUCGCAAGCUGGAAUAGCGUUGGGUAGAUAUGCCCUUUGCCUCCUCGACCUCCGGAAAAUUCCAAACGAAUAUCCAUCGCGAUUGUCCCGGCGUAUAUCCGAUGCGGUAAUCACGUACGUUACGAGGCAAUGGCAGACCUACUCCAAAGCUCGUAAGCAACGCUCUGGGUGGUCUGGCGGCCGAGCUGCAAGUACUACACUCCCCGGCCUAAUUUUCUCAGCCUUCUCCGACACUGACACCGGUGAUAGUCCUGCGGCCCGGCAGGAUCCGUUGUGGGGCGCUUCUGUACUUUCCUCACUUGUCGUGCUUCUGGGUCACGAUCUGUACAAGCAGCCAUGCGCUCUCAAGAUGGUCUUGCAGUGUGUAGCCACGCUGACGGCCAGCAAAUGCCGUGUAACAAGAGAACUGCAUCCGUUGAUCUGGAAAUGCUGUACAUGGGCGUUCUCCGAAGUAGCAGCUGAUGGAUCGGAACGUUCUCAAGAGGACUCGGAAGAUAACACUAGGGAGAGAGCUCUCGCCGUCGUAAAGCAAGAACUGGGUAAAGGACUGGGUCUUGCUCUUGUCGCCGUUUUGUUGUGCCAACGACGCAGAUAUACUGUUGGUGCCGUCCCCGAUGUCGCAGAAAGCAAUAAACGGGAAGAGUUUUCUACGGAUAAUAUUUCGCAAGCACUUGCCGUUAUCGCCGAUAUGGUCCACGCUCACCUGCCUGAGGGUUUGGCUAUUCUCAAGCACCUGGUCGGAACAAUCGGGUUUGCUGUCUCAGAGGAUACCCCAAAACGCCAGUGGACGGCCGUUGACCUCGUCAAUCGUAAUAUCUUAACUGGUUCCACACUACCGGUGGACGACACUAACAAGCUUCAGAAGGUCAUCCGUCAAAUGAACGAGCUCCCUCUGAAUAUUCUUCCGUCUCUUUCAGAAGAGCAAAUAAUGGAGCAAUGGGAUCCUAUAUUUGCCCUCUGGACCCGAGGGGCUGAGGCCUGUAUAAAAGACGCUCCCGGCAUCGCUGUAUGCAAUGAUCUCGAAUUCAUCUGGCAAUCUUUACUGCUUGUUCAAGCGCAACUCACACAAGGGCAUAGUCACCUCACAGCUGAACCAGAGAAUGCUAGUCAGGUCGCAGCCUUAUUCGAGCGAUUGCUGGCUCUUGCGGCUACCAUUCCGACGAAAAUGAGCGACUCGUUACGACUUCUGUAUCGACUAUGGGUAGUGGUCACUCAUGUUUUCUCUGCACCAUGGCUAUCUGGAACCGCGGAUGUUAUUCUGACUGCGCUUCUGAACAUCGACAUGCCUUCCGAUGCAGGAGACGCGAAAGACCCUUAUGGCCGCCUGUGUCACGCCUUGCUCUAUUGCGGCACACCGCCUUUGCUUCUGAGCCUUCAUUCUGGCACUGCUGAUACGGAUCGCAUAGCACAAGACAGGAAACGCUGGAUGAGAUUAGCGAGAAUAUGGCCCGAUAUCGCAAGUGACCUCCAGGACACUCUGGCUCUGAUAAUCAAGCCCUUCAGACAUUGGGACUUAACAGCGUAUGAGAUAGUAUUAUGGGAGGCUCUGGUUCAGUUUGCCAUCACGCUGGGCAAAGGGUCAUCCUCACACCCGUCUCGCAUACUGCAAGACGUAUGCAGUGCAAUAGAGCCUGAAGAGGUCACAACAUUUGCGUCUAUACGACAAACUAUAUGCGUCUUGCUGCGUCACGUGGAUGUUCCUACCGCGGACGACAUACCGUCGAGCCUAUUUUUGCUUCUGGACAAACUGCUAGCCGAGAUGUACGGUUCAGCUUCGCCUGGGUGUUCUCUGUUCUAUGAGCCCCUGGAGAUUCUCGAGAGAGUCAUGAACUCUCUGCCUCCCUCCCACGUGCUCAACGCUAUGACAAUCAUGAAGGCGGGCCUGCUGCGAUGGAUUCAAGACGAGAAGAAUCUUAUCCCGGAGAAAGAGUACAAUCAUACUAUUAUGUCGCUGUACAGUACGACCCUGGCUAAGCUCGGCGAGCUUCCUCGCAGUGUAAGCAUCCUCGAAUGCACGGCAGAAUUUCUCGCAUCUGCGUUCUACAGUGUUCGGCCCCUUGCCUUGGGGCCGUCGACAUUCAAAAGAUUUUGGGAAUCGCAUUACCGCGGCAUAGAAAAAGAUGAACAUUUCCCUCCAGUUCUGAGCGUUUGUCUUGCUGCUCUUUACGGCAAUCAAUUGCAGACUUCUCAGACUUCUCUGCGACAUGCCAGUGAUCAAGACGUAGGGUCUUUAUACACCUCGCCGCUGAAGGCUACACCCCGUCCUCACCGGAAAACCCCAGUGACAAGUUCGAAGCGACAAGGACUGCCGGCCGAAGACGGCCAAGGAGGUGGCAUCGACUCGCCGUCGUUAUCACACGGAUGGAAGACGGAAGAGCAGAUUGAGGAGAGCGCUGCUCUGCGUCCGCCCCCAUUUUUUGCUGUAGGUAACCGAGGUAACAGUUCUCGGCAUCCGGGCACGUUCCUGUCUAAGGCUGCUAGAGACGCCUCGUCUGUGCCAUCAAGCGUGCCACGGCCGAUUUCUCCACCACUAUCUUCUCCUCUUGUGAGCUGGCAGCGGCAGAAUCAGAAUAAACGCCGUACUCCCAUGGACACUCCCUUGGAUGCCUGUCCAGUUACGGGUAAACCUAUACCAGAUGCUCUUGAUGGCAAGAAGCACUCUGGAUUCUCGGACGCUCUGGGAUUGUCAGUGAGUCGUGGAGGGUAUUCGUCCUAUGAUAGGACUCGCGCACGGAUCAAAAUUGCGCCUGCCACUGGCAGUCGUUUAGACUUCGCCAUAGCGAAGCCUGAUGUGGUGUCACCGGGGAUAUUUCCUACGAGAGCUUCGACUACAGAAGAUCAGCUGAACUACGCUUUACCUCUCGCUUCUCCGUUCGUUGAAAGACCCUUCAAGCGUAUGAGGGCCGAGGAAGAUUCCACCGCCAGUUCAUCUUUGGUUUCAAUGAACGACAGCGGAGUGGACGUGCAGCCUGCACCUGAGGCAUCAGAUAGGGUAGAGAACUCUGGAUGGGCUGAACCGCCCACCCAGGCGACUGACAUCUCAGACGACCACAUCCUUACCGCCUGGGACCGCACUGAGAGUAACGACAGGCAUAGCAUCGAUGUCCUCGAUUCGAGCUCAGUGAGCCUUGGUGGGGAUCUACCGCGUCCCGUCCGCUCACAAACAGCGCCGGCGAGCAGCUCUCACGCGAGCUCUUCGCAUGCCCAAGCACGCACGCUGCGAAGGUCCCUAACGGCUCCAGCCCCAUCCUCUGCGGACUAUCUAGAAACUCUCCGUCAAGCAGUCACACUUCUGUCUGACAGUGCCCCGGAUUUGUCGUUAGAUCAGCUGCUGGAGGGCCAGAAACUCGUGAGCGAACUCGGAUACACGUUCACUGAGCAGCUAGGCAAGCGCCUUCGUGGGGCCCCUGGAUGA